AUGGAUCCACCCACUGUUGAACGCAUAUUCUCCUUGACCACGCUAAUUCUCACAUGUUUAACCACCAUGUCUCUGCACUCAUCUUCUGAGAAGGCACCGUCAUACAACGAGUUAAAUAAGGAAAGAUAUAAGGAAAACAACCACAUCUGCGAUGCACACUCGAGAGCAUCGAUUCCUUUCAUACAUGCACAACUUCAACAGCAGCAAGCCAAGGAGGCUAUCCGCGCUAUCAGCAUAGCCUUCGGUAACUUGGCGGAUGGUUCUGGCUGCAGUGAAUGCAUCCUGAGAGAGAUUGCGCAGACUGUAACCCUGUGCCUGCGGGAACUCAAAACCGCCAAAAAGAACGGCAAGUGGAGCAAAGAGGAGAAGAAGACGAUGAAAAGGGAGGUUAAAGUCGCAUUCAAAGACAUCAAGCGGGAGGUAAAACAGACAUGGAAGAAUGGAGAUUGA